CCCAAUUGUCUCCUAGUUUUCAUACGACAAAAUGGCCAAAGAGACACCCCGCCAGGGCGAGCAGGGCGCAGAGAAGACUGCGUCUGGUCAAGAGGUGCGUAGCACAUCGGAGAAUAAUAGUGCGAGCGAUGGCGGAUCGCCUGGCAGCAUAAGCACUUCAUCAGUGCCAGCGCCAGUAGCAGCCGAACCCGCGAUCGGGGAGCACAUGGCCAGGCCAAAUAGCAGCGCGGCAAUCGCAUUGCUGCACCUGCGACAGAGCCAGCACGACUCUGGGCGAGAGCGUGUGCGGGAGACUCUUGACCACCCAGGCGACCAACGCCCAGAUAUGGCGCAGCUUCCUUAUCAGGGACCACGUAGCACGAGCAUGCCGCAAUCACCUGCAGCUAGUAGCACUGGCCAGUCAUACGACGCUAGGCCUGUUCGCCUUGACGUCAACCCAACGGUCGCAUAUAGAUUUCAACCGUACUCUUUUGGGCCAGUAUCCAGGUACAGGAUAACCAACAUGCCAUUGCGGCCUGCUGCUCAGCUCCUGCCGCCCAUUGCUCCCCAGCGGCCAAACUCCCCUCUGACGACGCGUCACGCAUAUGAUCCAACCUUUGGGCAGUAUCGGAAGCAGCGUCGCAAGCAGGCAUGUGACUAUUGCCACACCAGGCGUAUCAAGUGUGAGGGUGGCGACCCAUGCGAUAACUGCAUCAAGCAGGACGUGCGCUGCCAGUGGAGGACCAAAAAGAAGCGUGGACCAAAACCCAAGGCAGCAGCAGCACCAGUCGAUUCGGAGCAGCAGCAGCAGAAACCGCCUGGCAACUCAACAGCACCUCUAAGUUACGGUAGUAGAACGGGGUCGGCAGCUGACAUUCAAAACUUGAUUGUGGCCAGCGAAGAUGGAGGCAGCAGUGUUGGUAUAUCGCGAGCCAGCACACCCGAGUCGGUGAGCUUGCGUCGCUCGGCAUCCCCUGAGGAGGGCAUUCCACAGUCUAUUGAGGUCCCACCAGCAAACCCACCAAAUGCUGCUGAGGAGCCACCCACCGCUGCCUUCAGCGCACCGCCGGCGGGCGAUCUGAUGAAGGAGUUUUACUCCGACAAGGUCGAGCCCGAAACGCGCGAGGCGGUCUUAGCGUACUUUGAAUAUCUCUACGCGUACGGUCCGAUCUUCCACCCCUCCACAUUUAUCCGCGGCAUUGUAGCGAACGAAGUCGACCCCUUGCUAAUUGACAUUCUCAAAGCGCGAACGUCAAACUACUUGAAUGCCGACUAUGGACGGAACGUUGACGUUGAAGCAUUAGCGGCUCGCGUCAAGUCCCAGAUCCUGUUCAGACUUCAGGAGCCAACCAUUGAAACCAUGCAGAUUUUGCUAUUGCUUGCGUUAGUUGAGGUCUCAUGCCAGCGUAGGGAUGCAUGUGCAGCGAUUUUUGCCUCUCUCUCUUGCCUUAUGCUCCGGUUCGAUUGGCACGAAGUAGAUUUGUACCGGACGCGGAGGCCAGCCUCCUGGGACGAGUGGGUUGAGGUUGAGACCAAACGGCGCAUUUUCUGGUCAGCGUACCAGAACGAGUUUCUCAUCUCUUCGUUUCAGGGCUGGCGGACCAGUAUCCCCGAGUCAAUUGUGUCUGUGCGCUGCCCUUGUGCUGAUUCCGACUGGAUUGACGUUGAUUUCACGCCUCCCUCGCCUCAACAACAAAACGAAGCUGUCGCGGAGCAGGAUUUGGCGGAUCCAACUAUGACAAGCGCGGUAGAGGGAGAAGCAGCAGCGACCUUAUCAGCAGAAGCGACAUUAUCAUCAUCAUCAUCAUCAUCAGCAGCAGCAGCAGCAGCAGCAGCACUGCCAGCAGCAGGGAAGUCAGUUGGGUCUGCGACUAUGGAUGUGGCAGGCAGCAUACCAAUGCAGAGAGAAACCCAGGUUGUAAUCAGCGGUGCACUUUCUCACUCAUUCGCACUGCUCUGCGAGUACAAUAUUAUCCUUGGACGUGUUACCCACUUCCUGCACGAUACGCGUACAGCGCGGUCAGAGAGCAAGGGACUGGAAACGAUCCUUGAACGACCCAUGCCUGCAAUUGAGUAUCUUGGACCUAUCCCGGAAUCCGGCCAUUUGGUCUAUGCGAUCGACCGCAAGGGGCACCUUAUCUCCGACGACCCAGUAUUCAAAAGGUACGCGGACUACGUGCAGAGGCUGUCCAAGCGCGCAGAAACACCUCAGCACCUUCUGGACACCAGCUUUGACAUCGAACGCGCAAAAAUAUUCGGCACAUCUGACCACCGCAUAUGCGUCUUGCGCUCACGAUAUCUUUCCCUCAAGAGCCUCGCGUGCAUGAUUACCGUUGCGCUCCAUUCGUCGAAUCGCCGCUCCUUCUUUGACGAGUAUGAGCGGCCAAGCGAGCUUGAACCAUCUCUCAGCUCACCAAUUGAUCCUCAAGAGAAGAUUUUGCGCAUGAUUCUAAACAUUGCCUUUGGCAAGAUCUGGGGCCAGGGGCUGUUGGCCGAGGAUAUCCAGCUGGAUUCGAUAAGGGAGUGCGUUGAGUGCUCGCACGAUUUUGCCUGCUGUCUGGACCGGGAGAAAGACGUGCCUGAUAGUCGAUUCGAGUUGACGGUUGGUCUGGGGAUUGUUGUUGCGUUAGGCGUGCUGCUCCACCAACUUCGUAGGUGUAAAAAGGCGCUGGGUGAGGCCGACGAUACAGAGAUGUUGCUGUCGGCAUGGGACAACGAGCUGAAACGUGUGCUAGGAAACAUCAAGAUACUUUGGACGACAUUGCAAAAAAUGACAGCAGUUUGGAACAUUGGCGUUCUUAUCAAGACACUCAAGCUAAUGAACAUUGACGAGGCAGCAGUUGCAACAGAGCAGCUGUCGUUUCUCACUAUUUAAAAAUAACCUUAGCACGUCUAUGUCCAG